AUGAGUGUGGAUCCAGCUCUUCCCCAAAGCCUGCCUUGCCCUGAAGCAUCCAAUUCUGGGGAAUUGUCACCAAUGCCCGAGAUUUAUGAGCCUGAAGAAAAUUACGCAUCCUUGCAACUGUCGUCUGCUGAGACACCCCACAUGGAGACUGUCUCUCCUCUUCCUUCCUCCAUGGAUCUGCUUAUUCAGGACAGCCCUGAUUCUUCCACCAGUCCCAGAGUGAAACUACUGCCCACUUCUGUAGAGAAGAGCACAGUGAAGAAGGAAGAGAAGGUCCAGGCCAAGAAACAGAAGAUCAGAACUGUCUUCUCACAGACUCAGCUCUGUGUCCUCAAUGACAGAUUUCAGAGACAGAAAUACCUCAGCUUCCAGCAGAUGCAAGAACUUUCCAACCUUCUGAACCUUAGCUACAAACAGGUUAAGACCUGGUUCCAGAACCAGAGAAUGAAAUGUAAGAGGUGGCAGAAAAACAACUGGCCAAAGACUUGCAACAGUGUUACUCAGAAGGGCUCAGCAACUACAGAGUACCCGGGCCUCUAUUCCUAUCACCAGGGAAGCCUGGUGAACACUGCUGGAAACCUUCCGAUGUGGAGCAACCAGACCUGGAAUAACCCAACCUGGAGCAGCCAGACCUGGAACAGCCAGUCUUGGAGCAACCAUUCCUGGAGCAGUCAGACCUGGUGCUCCCAAGCCUGGAACAACCAGGCUUGGAACAACCAGGCUUGGAACAACCAGGCAUGGAACAGUCAGUUCCACAGCUGCGGAGAAGAAUUCCUGCAGCCUCAGAUCCAGUUCCAGCAAAACUCUCUUGUCAGUGGUUUGGAGGCCACCUUGGAAACUGCUGGGGAAAGUCAUACUGUAACACAGCAAACUGCUAAGUAUUUUAGUACCCAGCAAAUCAUGGAUUUAUUCCCAAAUUACUCCAUGAACAUACAGCCUGAAGAUGUGUGA